AUGGCUGAUAUACUCAAGGACGAUAUUAUAAAAGACGAAGCGAAUAUGAAGUGGCAUUUACGUAUUCUGAACAGAUCCAAGAAAGUCAAAAGGAGUGUCUUCCGAGCUUUAAGUCGUACUCAGUCAUCUAUGAGAGAUGCUUUUCAUGCUACUUCGUUCCGUAUGAGCCGGAUAGGCUCAGAACGAUAUAACCGGUCGUUAAGUCGAAGCGUAACGAUGGGAGUUAGAGCAGCCGCAUCUAUCUCUGAACAAUCUCGUGCCAUCGUACAACACCCAAGUUUUGACUGGGGGGUGCUGUUGGCUGUUACAGUUAACGCGGUUGUUUUAUGUUUGUACAGGUAUGGCAUGUCGAAGGAUCUCUUCUAUACAGUCUGUAUCCACAUUGCUGUUUGGUUCUUGCUUUUCACUUUGCUGGCCCUUAACUUGACAACUUUAGAUGGCAUUCAAGCUGUGCUUCUUGUCACUUUUGCCGCCGAGUUGCUACUGCGAUUUCUUGCUUACGGCCCGCCCACAUUUUACGAGGACAAGAUGAACAUGGUAGAUCUGGUUGUUGUAGCGGUCUCUGCUGGAGCUCUGGUUUCACGAGCGUAUCCAAAUAUCAGCGCGUUUCGAAUUAUGCGAUGGUUCUACCUGUCAAAGAAAUACGUUGACAAGCAUCCUUCAGUUGUGUAUUAUACGUUUGCGGAUGGCUAUCCUCGUGCACACCACGAUUCUAUGCUCCAGACUAUGCUUCUGUGGUUCUCGGUAACUACCGCUGAAGGCUGGCCGAAUCAAAUGUGGAACUCCAUGCGACCCGGGACAGAGCACAUGAGGUUGAUCAGGCGCAUGCAAAGCAGAGUUUUCACGAGAAGUGGAAGCUGGGUUGUUGGUGCGGUCGAAGGAAUGAAAACAGGUCUUGGAAAUCUUGCGUAUCGAGUUCUAAGCAUGAACGUUAGACCUGUGAAAACGCAAAGCAAGAAGCAAAAACAUCGUUCUCGACGCAAGGACCGGGACUCUGGCAAAGGACAGGAUAAUCUGGAGGCAGUGUCUACUGCAGCUGCAGAGCAAACCAGUGCCAGCUCGACUGAGCCGCAAAGACGACGCAGCCGGAAUUCUCAGAUUUUGCAAGCUUCUGGAUUUCCCCCUAACAUCGGAGAGAAGCGAGGGUCGAGAACUGCACUUGAGGAUGCUGUGUUAACUCUUGCCGACAUCACUAAGCCUCCGUCCUUCAAAUCUCCCAGCUUGCUUCUUAGCAGAGACAUGAGCAGAAAAGGCUCGGGCAAAAGGCAGUCGUUCCAGUUAUCGGACUAUGAACAGCUUGAAAAGAACAUCGACAGCAUCGAAAGGCCAUGGUACCUGCACGAAGGCUCUCUUCUCUUGUUCGGAGAGAAGAGUCACCUGAGAAAGCAUUGCAAAGCUAUCGUCGAGAGCAAGUGGUGGGAAUGGUUUUCUAUAGCUUGGGUUGGCAUAGGUACGUGGAUUGUCAUCGAGAUGCGGGCAACUGGGGAGCCGGUUUUCAUGCUGGAACUGCUGCUCAAGGUUAUAGCCAACGGUUUUAUGUUCUCGCCGGAUGCCGUUCUAAACGACCCCUACAACAUCCUCGAUAUUUUCAUUGUUAUCAUCGACGCGGUCAACCUUGCCACCUGGGGUGAGAAAUCCAGAAGAGCUGUUCAUGCCUUGACGGCAUUGCGGCCAUUCCGCUUCAUCAGUAGGAUCAGUGGACUGCGCUCCUUAAUGUCCAACCUGGUCAAGACGCUUCCUGCCAUCAUAGCUGUGCUGCUAUUCACAUUUAUGCUCUUCGUGACUUUCGGCUCCAUCGGGAUCCAGCUCUUUCGAGGUCGUCUCUACUUUUGCAACGACAGCAAAAUAUCUCAUCGAGCCUAUUGCACCGGGCACUACUACAACAAUGUUGGCGUUUACUCUCCGCGGGCCUGGGUAAAUCCGAACUUCCACUUUGACGACAUUGGUAAUGCUUUUCUCUCUUUAUUCGUCUGCUCUACCUUCGACAAUUGGGUAACGAAUUGGCUGUAUCCAGUAAUGGAUAUUGUUGGUGAAAACAAGCAGCCGCAACGGGACAACAGCCCGGCUUAUGCCUUGUACUUCGUGGCGUUCUGCGUUUGCGGAGGAUUUUUUAUCAUCAGGGUGUUCAUCGGAGUUUUUAUAAACGAGUUUGGAAAGAAUUCUGGGUCGCUGCUCUUGACGGAGAGGCAGAAGCUAUGGCGGGACAUGAACCGUAUUAUUCAGAAGCUAAAACCAGGGGCACUGCCACGACCACCGAAGAACUAUAUCAGAAAGCUGUGCUUCUAUGCGAUCCGGAACCGGCAUUACCAGAACACUAUGAUUGUUUGCCUCCUUGGUUACUCUGGACUCUUGGCUACGAACUAUGCCGGCCAACCAGCGUAUGUAUCCAAUCGCCGCCAGAAAGCUCAUUGCGCGCUCACUGCGUACUUUUUGGUCGAGUCAUUGACCAAGUUUCUCGGCGACGAGUUUAGAGUUUACAGAUACGAGUAUUCAAGACACAUAGAGGCUGUGAUUUCCAUCUUAGCAGGGGCGGGAUUGAUGGGAUUGAAGGGAACACCCAGGGGUUAUGUUGGCCGGUUUGCUUACAUUGCUCGAGUGUUUUGCAUCAUUCCUCACGUACCAAGAGCUCGGGUCAUUAUGAGAGUGAUGUUCAUAUGCUGCCCGACUAUAGGAGAGAUCAUGGCUCUUCUGGGGAUUUUCCUCUUCUUGUUCGCUGGAAUCGGUUUCCAGAUGUUCAGCCAAGUUGCGGAUGGAGCUUGUAUUGGUCCCCUGGUAACGACGCUUGACAACUGGUCGUGCAUUAUGGCCGACGCGAUGCUGGGUACUCCAAAAUGUACCGAUGGCAACACCAUGCUGAAGAACGACUGUGGUUAUCCUUUUGCGGGAGUGAUAUACUUCGUUUGCUUGAUCGUGGUGGCAAGCCACAUCUUCAUGAACCUGUUUGUAGCCGUGAUUCUCGAUGCCAUCACUUUUGGAUUGGUGAACGAGAAUUCAAUGGUGACGCCGGAGCACCUUCUCGCGUUUAAGUCUCUAUGGGCUGAAUUGCCUUUCGAUCCCGAGUACCUGAGGAUCGAGUUCGAGGUCAUGAGCUUCCGGGUUCCAGACAAAGGGAUUCCUUUCAAGCAGCUGCUAGAAACUUUGACGCUUUACAAGAUCGGACCCACAGGUCUACCGCUCACUUUACGCAUCGAAAGAGAGAAGCGCAUCCAAGACGUGUAUAUCCGCGGCGCGACCACGAAAGUCCAGGCACUUGUGCGGGGAUUUCUAGUAAGGAGGCGAGCUGCCCGGGCUAGAGGAGAAGAAUUUGAGGGAGGAUUUCCGUUGCUCAGAGACGAUCAAAGCGGUGGAAACGAAGAACCGCAACAAGAUGAACAGCAAGAACAGCAACUAAGAAGCAAAUCCAUGCUCGUGGAAGAAGAAGGAAGUUAG